AUGGACCUCAGCUUCAACAAUAGCAACAGAGUUUCUCUGGACAAUGAACAUGUGAAAAGUGACACCACCUUGCGCUUGAACUUUCUCGGUUAUGGAGCAAACCGUGUUGCCACCAACUCCAUCUCCAGAUUUGGCAGUGGCACUCAGAGCAAUCUAAAGAAAGAUUUCUGUAACAGCAUACAUGACGAUGAUGCGUGCAAAUUGGUCCUCGGGUUGGGUCCCACAUCGAGCACAUACAGUGGCGAUUUCUCCAACAAUGUUGGGGGAACUGUUACCAACCCCAAAGGCUCUCCUCCUUUUACACUUGGGGGUGAUUCGAUCUUAAAGCUCGGCCUUUCUGGAGUGGGGCAAGUUGCUAAUGAUUCCUUCAGUGGACUCGAGAACAGUUCAGUUACAGAGAUGAAUCAAGCACCUGCUGCUGACAAAAGAGGAUUCUCCUUCCCAGAUUUGGACGAAGGCUCCACUUCAGCAAAGAAAUCAGCUGGUGGAUACAUGCCUUCACUUCUCUUGGCUCCCAGAAUGGACAUUCGAAAAGCUCCACCGCCACAGACAGAAGUCAUCGACUUCGAACUCAGUCACGAGCCAUCUGCCACCACGGAUUUCUCUUCAGCUUCCGAGCAAACAACUACGACAGCUACCUCUGGAAGCCACCGCGGCGUCACCAAUGCAAAGAAAUGCAGUUUCUUCGGAUGUUCUAAGGGAGCACGUGGUGCCACGGGGCUCUGCAUUGGCCAUGGCGGAGGCCAAAGAUGCCAGAAGCAAGGCUGCAACAAGGGCGCCGAGAGCAGAACCGCAUACUGCAAGUCCCACGGCGGGGGAAGAAGGUGCGAGCACUUGGGCUGCACGAAGAGCGCCGAGGGAAAGACCGAACUCUGCAUAGCCCACGGAGGGGGCCGUAGAUGUGGGUACCCCGAUGGAUGCACGAAAGCAGCACGUGGCAAGUCGGGGCUGUGCAUCAGACACGGCGGAGGGAAGAGAUGCAAGGUUAACGGCUGCACUAGGAGUGCAGAAGGACAGGCAGGGUUGUGCAUUUCGCACGGCGGAGGAAGGCGUUGUCAGCAAGAAGGGUGUGCCAAGGGAGCCCAGGGCAGCACAAAAUUCUGCAAAGCUCACGGUGGCGGGAAGAGGUGCGUGUUCGCAGGGUGCACGAAGGGCGCAGAAGGAAGCACUCCGCUGUGCAAAGGUCAUGGUGGAGGGAAGAGGUGUUUGUACGAUGGUGGUGGGAUUUGUCCGAAGAGUGUUCAUGGCGGCACAAAUUUCUGUGUGGCUCACGGUGGAGGGAAGAGGUGCGUGGUGCCCGGCUGCACGAAGAGUGCUCGUGGCCGCACUGAUUGCUGCGUCAGGCACGGUGGAGGAAAGCGGUGUAAGGUCGAGAGCUGCGGGAAGAGCGCUCAGGGGAGCACGGACUUCUGCAAGGCCCACGGCGGCGGGAAGAGGUGCUCGUGGGGAGGAGAAGAAGCGGGGAAAUGCGAGAAGUUUGCUAGAGGGAAGAGUGGCCUCUGUGCUGCUCACUCGAGCUUGGUCCAGGAGAGGGAGAUGGGGAAAGGUGGAAGUAUGAUCAGACCGGGGCUGUUCCGCGGGCUCGUUUCGGCAGCUGCUGCUGCUUCAACGGCCGGCGGGAACACUUACAGUUUCUCCGGAGGGAGCGGGGUGUCGGAGAGUAGUGCUGGUGGUGGGUCGUUGCUGGAGAAGCCGGCGAAACGACGGCACCUCAUACCGCCGCAGGUGCUGGUUCCGCUUUCGAUGAAAUCGCCGGCUGUGGCGUCCACGUAUUCGAGAGAUGGAGGAGCUAGUAGCGAUGGGCUGAAGAGAGGUGUGGGUGAGAUGAUGGUUCCAGAAGGGAGAGUCCAUGGUGGUGGGCUCAUGUCUCUGUUUGGCGGGAACCUGAAGAAUGCUGCCAUUGAUGGGGUUUGA